AUGGCCAGCCGCCUUCUUGAUGAGAGUCAUGCCAUCGCAGCCUUCAAGCAGCAGCUGGGCAUCCACGUCAAAGAGGAGGAAGAGUUUGGGUGGAUUGCAGAAGUUGGCAUCCAAAGCCCUUUGCCACCCCGCUGGACGGCACACAGCGACGCUUCCUCCGGCUACGUUUACUACGUGGAUCAUGACCGGCAAGUCAGUAGUUGGGAGAAUCCAUUGGUGCCCUGCCUCCGAAGAAUCGUGGAGAUAGGACGCAAUUAUCUCAAAUGCUACACGGCCGGCUAUUUCGAGGAGCAGAAGGGCAUUCUGUGGCACCAACACAAGCAAGAGCUGGACAAGUGGCAUGGGCCCUUUAUGGACGAUGCUGGUCGUCAGUAUUUCGUCAAUUCAGAGGAUGGCCUGUCCUCUUGGCAAGAUCCGCGAAUCGAUGCGCAGUACGUUUUUGAGCUGGAGAGUGGGCUGCUGACAAGUCUCGAAGAGAUUUUGCCUCCAGCCAGACCAGACACUCCAAACUUUGAUCCCAAAGACGGCCACUGGAAGACUGCGGAGGGUGCAGAAGUUUUGACCCUCGACAGUCCGAAAGAGACCCAGCACAUCAUCGCCUCGGCAGCGCGAAAGACUUUCCGUGAACGGAAGUCACGAACGCUGACCACAACGGCCCAGAAGAAUGCCCGGGCAGAGCACAGGUCUACCAUGGAGCGGAUGAGCAGUGUGGCUGAACGUUUGCGGAGCUUACAGAUGGAUGACGAAGAAGCUCAGCGACUGCAGCUUAUGAGGAAGACUGAGGCCAGACGGCAGCGACGUUCAGGUGGCACCGCAGCAUCUGCCCCGCCUGCACUGGCUGUCGUUCGCAUUCCUUCUUCAGCCGAAGAUCAGGCGCGAACCCGGCAAAAGCCCACGGUUCUGGACGACGAUGCUUGUCCAAGACCGCCGCUGUCACGGCAGGACACGGUGCCGCCGCCACCGCCGCCUGAAGAAGUCAUGCAGGAGGCCUUGGCCCCCAACAUAGCUCCGGCCACAUCACCGUCAUGUGCAGAGAACUUUGCACCUCCGGCACACCCUCCAUCCCCACAAGCGGGCAAGCGACCAGUUCUGCAUGGGACGCUGGAAAGAGCUUUGAGCCAGAAGAGCCAGGAUGAUGCCUUUCGAGGCUCAGCCUUUGCAGAACUUGAGUUGAAGGUGCGGCCCGAGGCGGUGAAUGUGGAUAGAACCGAAGGUGCCACAGACCAGGGUGCAGAGCCUUCUGAGCCCCCUUGCCGGCCGACAAGAGCGUAUGAGUUGCUCGGGACAAGGGUUGUCCUGGCAGAGGGCGAUGCGGCUCUCACAAACACGGGCUGGAGAACCUGGGCAGGUGGAUGGCUCCUCGCAAAGCAUUUCGAGGAGCAGCGCUUGGAACAGCCAAGACGCGUUCUGGACCUUUCAUGUGGCACAGGUCUGGCAGGCAUAGCGCUGGCCAAAGCUGGGCAUGAGGUCGUCCUUUGCGACUUACCGAUGAAUGUUCAGACCAUCAAGGACAACCUGGCGAGAAAUCGCUGCGCCGAGUGUCCUCUCGUUGAACGAGCCUGUGCUGUUGGCUACACAUGGGGGAGGCCGCUGCCAAAGGAAUUGCAGCAGCCCUUUGAUGUAGUUCUAUGUGGCGAUGUCCUUUAUCAUGUCUGGAGUGGCAAACUGCAGCAAGAGUUUUUGCGAACUCUGCAGGAGAUCUGUUGCCGCAACCAACCCGGCCCGACAAUUGUUUUCGCGGGGCAAGUACGGAGUGGCCGGCAAGAGAAUCAGGUGACUGAGUACAUCGCCGACCACCUUGGCUACAAAGAGGUGCCAAUCUGCUUGGAUCCAACAUGGUUCCGCCAGCCUGGUCCUUUAGUCGCAGAUGCGAAAUACAGGCUGAUGCGAUUGGAGCCGCCGGAGUAG